AACUUAGCGACAUAGUUACAGCGACGCUAUUAUUUUAGUGGAAUUUGGAAUGGCUAACGAUGAGCAACAGUUACAUUUGGCUGUAAGAAACAGAGACAAGGAGAAAAUAGAGAGAUUAAUCACGAACGGGGUGGAUGUAAAUUGUAUGUUCUACGGGUGGACACCGCUACAACUCGCUUUACAAAAAGGAUAUGAAGAUGAAGCCUUACUUCUGAUCGACAAAGGGUGCGAUGUUCAUCUCCACGACAAAAACAGCGUGUCGCCAUUCGAGGAGUGUCUACGCAAGAAUCUCAUCAAAGUUCUCACAAAAAUUUUAAACAAAGGGGAAGAUGCCAAUGCUGUAUUGUCUAAUGGAGAGCCGCCAAUUUGUGAAGCUGUGAAAAAUGCCAACAAAAAUGUAGUAUCAACACUCAUUAAAGGUAAAUGUAAUGUAAACAUAGAGGGAAGCAACGGAGAAAGUCCUCUGUUUACUGCCGCCAAAUCUGGAUACAGCGACAUCUGUCAUCUUCUACUUGACGCAGGCGCAGACUCGGACUUCGUGCUUCCGGCCAAUCAACACACUCCUCUCAUUACAGCAGCAAGCAAUGACAACGAUGAUGUCAUCAAAGCACUUCUUAAGCACGGAUGUGACGUAAAUCACUGUGACGUCAUGGGGAAGACAGCACUAUGGCAUGCCUACAGCAACAGUAAUACGGACAGCAUGAAGCUUCUACUGAGGGCCGGGGCUGAUAAAAAUCUUCCCAACUCUGACGGCCAGACCAUAUUAGACGAUGCUAAAGACGCAGACGAUGAUGACGUCAUAGAACUAUUGUCAAAAUUUAGCCAAUCUUGGACCUGAUGUGUUACAAUGCUUUUAUAAUCUAGCCAAUUUGAAAUGUGUUCAUGAUCCUCUUUUUGAAUUAUAAGAAUGUAUACAAUGCAAGUUUAUUUAAUUAUUCAAUAAAAAUUACUUCUCUUCAGAAAUAAAA